AUGCUGCCUUCGGUUGUGGCACAGGACUCCACCCACUCUCCCCUAAAGGUAGCCAGCGCCAGGGCACUGAGGGCUCCAGAAGGGGCAGGCGGGGCCAACCCUCUGAGCAGGAUAAAACCCCAGGAGGAGGGGUGUGGUGCGGGCACAGCCUUGGCAUGGCCCUCUGGCUCCUCAUUCUCCGCCAGCUCCAUGGCCAGCCCCGUGGACGCAUCCUCACCAGGCCAUGCCAGUGGGUUGGGUUCCCCCCGGAGAAAGCGGACCACCUUCAGCAGGGGGCAGCUGCUGGAGUUGGAGCGGGCAUUUGCAGCACGGCCCUACCCCGACAUCGGCACCCGUGAGCACCUGGCUCGGGUCACCUGCCUUCCUGAGGCCAAGAUACAGGUGUGGUUCCAGAACCGCCGGGCCAAGAGAAUCAAGAACAGGAAGGCAGGAGGCCUAAGCCCCAGGCCCGAGCACACCCAGAGAGCCCGAUCUCUUCCAGACACCCUCCAGCAGGCCCGGGAGCCCCGAACACUAGGCCAGCUUCCGCCCUCCAACAGCACACCUCAGUGUGCCUCAAUGAGUCGACAUGCCUCCUGCCCAGCUCCCGGCUUGAGUCCAGGGCAGGGCUGGGCAGGGGCUAAAGCUGUAGCCCCAUGGGGACCAGCUGGGGCUUCAGGGGUCCACCUUUCUUCAGAGCGAGCCACUCCCCAAACCUCAUUGGGCAGCUUAUCUGACCUCAUCUAUGCCUCCGCCAUCGUCACCAACCUGGACCACUCCUAAUCGAAGACCAGAACUUGGGAGACCGCUCCUCUGGCUCUGCAGCCCACCCUGCCCCUCAGGGCUGAACGCAUCAGAAGUGGAUCCCCCACCCCACCUGUUACACAAGGGAGUUCU